UUAACACCACCAAUCCCCUCCUCCCCCUCCAAUUCCACACCCAUCUCCUCCUCUUCCUCUUCCUCCUGGCUGCAGAUCGAACGGAUUGAGUUGAUCGAAUCGGGAGGUCGCGUCGCAUUAUCGAGGGGGAUGGCGGCGGUGAUGGUGGCGAGGCAGGGGAGGGAGCUGCAGCGGUACAGCGACAACACGGGGGGCAGGAUGGUGGUGGGGUGCAUCCCGUACAGGGUGGGGGAGGGCGGCGCCGGGGUGGAGGUGCUGGUGAUCAGCUCGCGGAAGAAGGGCGCCGCCGGCGAGGAGGAGGCGGUGAUGCUCCCCAAGGGCGGGUGGGAGCUGGACGAGUCGAUGGACGAGGCGGCGCGGCGGGAGGCGCUGGAGGAGGCCGGGGUGCUCGGGGAGACCGGCCCCACGCUGGGGCGGUGGUGCUACCGCAGCCGCCGGUACGACGCCACCUACGAGGGGUUCGUGUUCCCGCUCCGGGUCACCGACGAGCUGGAGCGGUGGCCCGAGAUGGCGGCGCGCCGCCGGUGCUGGGUCUCCCCGCAGGAGGCCAUGGACCGGUGCCCGCACUGGUGGAUGCGCGAGGCCCUCCAGCUGUUCGCCGACCGCUUCCGCCUCCCCUCCACGCCCUCCUCUCACUUGUAGGCGGCGGCGGAACGAGCCGCCGGAGUUGAGAACGAUGUAAUUAAGUCGAAAGCCAAAAAAAUCUCACGGGUCACACGAGAUUCGGCCAUGUAAAUCCCACCUAGUUAACACAGGAGUAAUUUUUUUUUGUCGUGCUGAUAGAGGAAUAGUAUGAAUCAAAUGGAUAGCACAGAUUCCAAAAUUCCAUUCGGAGCCAA